UCUCAACAACCAAUGACCUUGCAAGAGGAGGACGCCGUCUGGGCUAGCCUAUAUUCUUCUUCCGAGCAUGUGGUCGAAUCUGCAAAGGAGAUAACCGAUAAACUGGGGCAACUAACUUCUCAAGAGGAGGAUCAGGGACUUGUCGAAGAAGAAAGGACCACAGAGGCUCUGACGGAGGACGUAGAAAAGAAGUAUCGAAGUAAAAGCUUACAAUGCGAGCGGUUCGCUAAUUUACGAGACGACUCAGAGAUUGGGCAUCCAGCGUCAGGUCUUGUUCCUUCUGCUUUCAUCCAUUCUGUUGAUGGCGAAAAAAUGAUUCCGACAUCUUCGUCUCAAUUCGUCCAGACUAGAGCCAACUCGUUAGGAUCCGUGAAUACGACCGACUGCGGGCUAAUGGAGACUGGGGAUGGCCAACUGAUAGGAAUAGCCCACAAUCCAACUAAACAGUCGCAGAAUAGUGGACACGAUAAGGUAUGA